AUGAGAUGCAAUGGGAUGGCAUGGGAGAAGGAAAAGACAGGGGUCGUCGCGAUUCAGACUUGGAAUGCGAGCUUGAUUUGGAACUUGGAACUUGGAACUUGGGAUGAUGCACGGCGGUGGAUGUGGUGUGUGAGUCAGGUUGAGGUCGAGGUCGAGGUCGAGGUCGACGCCGUUGCGAAUGAAGGGGGUCACGGUGGAGGAAUAGAGGAGAGGGAAAGGAGGAACUUGAAUGCGGGGCUUGAAGAGCAAAGCAUAGGGAUGGUACGAGUCGCACAAAACAUCAACAUCAAUAAGAUCACCACCACCCUGACAGCCACUGCGCUCCCUUAUCACCGACUCGGACACCCGAGUCCACGGGACGGGAAUGGGAAGAGGGAGGAGGUGUUCGCACGGAUGUGUGGCGGGAUGGAUGGAUGGAAGGAUGCAAGCGUGAAGUUGGGCGGUGACGUAGUCGACUUUGAAUGA